AUGUCCUUGAGGAGAGGCAGGCAUUGCAGUCCAUCGCUCGGAGCCGAACCACCACAUCAUACCACCAUGGAGGGACACGCCAGGGCUUCUUUACUGAAGAUCAUUGGAGGGGUCAUUGACAUUGUCCAGAAUCAUAAAAAUAAGCCUACACAACAGACAACCACCGUCCAGACCCAGACACAGCAGCAGAGCUUCCAGCAAGGAUAUCCUCAGCAAUAUGCACCUUGGAACACAGGCUACCAGAACCAAGGGCAAUCGCAAUACCAAGGACAGUAUGUCAACUACGGUUAUCCUCAACAAGGCAGUUAUCCUCAAGGAGGGUACCUUAACAACCAAGUCUAUCCUUCUAACCAGCAGUUUGGAGCAUCCCAGGUCCAAGGGCAGUACCAACAGGCCAACACAUUCGAUGGUCAGCAAGGGAACCAAUUUCAAACUCAAGGACAGGUACAGAAUCAGUUCCAGAAUCAACAAGCUGGACAGUUUGGCAACCAGAACCAGCAGUUCACCAGUGGAAAUUACCAAGGAGCUCAGCCAGUGAACCAACCAGCUGGCCAGCAAGUGAAUUAUCAACCAGCCAAUCAACCUUCGGGUGGUUUUGUACAAUCGACCGGGUCGUACGGUGGUCAUCAAUCUUCUAACUUUGGACAACAGUCAAGUUUUGUAGGGCAAACUCAACCCUCAUCUAACUAUGUCGGAAGUCCACAUGGACAGGUACCACAAUCCACUUUUGUUGGUCAAAAUAUCCAAUCAUCCCAUUUCCAAGGACAGGCUGGUAAUGGCGCACCAGGGUUUGCUGGUUCCAAUAAUGGCAGCUUCCAAACGACCGGUGGUGGUCAUCAGGUUGGAACUCCUGGACCUACCUGCGUAUGCCAAGCCUGGACUAAGCCUCAGAAUGGAGUACUCAAUGAUAACGGUACUCAGAGAAGUGAAGAAAAAGACGAGAAAGCCGUAUAA